AUAACAUAUGACAUUUGACAUUUAUCUUGUGUAUUUUGAAAUUUGAAAUGUUUUUAACGAUAAUGCUAACCUGAAAUUCACCAAUUUUGCUUGAACAAUCGCUGAAAUUAUCAAAACAUUGAUAGGUUAGGCUUAUCGGCUAACCACCGUACCUAUCAUCCACUACAAUCUACCAUGUUCAUGUUCAGUUAAAACUUGAUUGUAAAAUGUCUAUGACGUCCUCUCCAUUUCUAGCAAAACUGCAGGAACUAAAACUAUGGCAAGGAAACUAUGAUGCUCUCUUGCAGCAAAACAGAUCUAGAGAUGCCACCAAUCCAUCAGAUUUGGACACCAUUGACGGGCUAUCGGCUCUCGAUAGCAGCCGGUCUAGCAGGGAAGAAAGUCCUAGCAAAACACCUAGAAGUAUCUUUGUUGAUUGGGAUAAAAAGGCUAUUAUGCCCCCUAAACCGUUUGAACAAUUACUAGAGGAAAAGUUAGCAGAAGAACAACCUGUGGAAGUGAAAACUGGGACUAAAAAGCCAUUUCUAAGAAAGGGAUCUGGGCUAGCCAGGUAUAACUUGACACCCAAACAUGUCCCAGCCAAAACAAUUCUGGCAAAAAAUCCCUCAACAGUAAAAAAACCUAAUCUACAUGUGAAAAGACCUGUUUCACCAACCCAUAAAGACUGUGUCAAAGCUACAUCAUCAAAACCAUCUAGCAAACAUGAAGAGCAACUUAUUCCUCUCAAGAUGCCUGAAGCCAAAAUGAAGUCUAAGGCAACAUGGGUUAAAGUAAAUGACUCAAAUAGUAAUGGAAGACAAGAGAAAGAAAAGUCUCCAGAGAGGCAAGAGGGGGUGAAUAUAUUGGCUAAAUUGAAUGAAUAUGGUUUAAAGCAGCUGUUUUUGAAUACUCCAAAGAAAAAGAAAAUGUCUUCUCCUGAGAACAUACAAAGUUCUAGACCAAGUCCUGAACCUUAUGACCCUCCCAGUCAUUCUGUAAUAGAAAGUGUAACAGAAAGAGAACUGAGAAUUUUCGAGGAUCUAGAAGAAAGAGUAGAGCACAACAGUUUCUCCUCAACAAAUUCCAGUGUAAUCGGAAUGCUUUAUAGUACUCCAAAUAAAAAAAAGAAGGUCGAACAGAGAAUUAAGAGUCCAAUUCAAGAAAAGCCGGCCUCUCCUAGGUACAUGGACGAAUAUGAUGAGUUAUUGGGAAAGUUGGAGAUCAUUGAUAAGAGAGGACAUUUUCUGAACGAAUUUAUUAAUAAUCUUAAGAAGAUUUCUGAUGAAAAUCACACUGAUUCACACACAGAUAAGCCGAAUAAGAGUAGCUUAAACUCCAGCUAUUCUGAGUCGACAAACACUGAAUCUUCACACACAGAAACACCAUUAAGUUUUUAUACAGAUUUUGAAAACACCUUGCAAGGAGCAAGUCCAAAAAAGGUUAACAUUGGUGUGAACACUAGUUUCACUGGAGUCGAAGAGAGCACGCAAAUAGAGAAUUGUCUGAAUUGUGAAGCACUGACAGAAACUAUGGAAAAGUUGAAGAAGCAGAUUCCUGAUAUACAGAAGGAAAAAGCAAAGCUAUGCGAUUUUGCUAAGGAUUUGGAGAAGAAAAGAGACCAACUGACUAGGUGAGACGAAAGUAACAAUUAGUCUUGUGCUUACAUUUUUAGAGAUUUGCAUAAAUUACAGAAGAAAUACGACGAGGAAGUCGGAGAUUUGAUGACAGAAUUGGAAAACGAAAAGAAAAAGUUCCAAAAGGAGAAGGCUAUCUUUGACAUGUACAUAAAAGAAUCUCAAGUUAGACCUUCAAAAAAGGAAAGGGAAGAAUUGAUGAUGCUGAGGAAAGAGCUAGAUGAGCUGAAAGAGCUACUGAAGUUGAAGGAAACUAAAAAUGGAGCUUCGCAGGCUAGACUCAGGAAUCAAGUAAAGCAGUUGGAAAAAGAUAAAUGCGAACUGAAAGAAUCGAUGGAGAAACUUCAAAGAGAAAACGCAAAAUUGUCUGCCUCACAAAAACUCAGACGAGCACCCAGUGAAGUGAAAAUGCUGCACGAGAUCAACAAAAAUCUUACCAAGUUGACUGAAGAAACGUUCAAAAGACACUUAGUCGAUUCUAAAGAGAAAAUCGAAUCUCUGACAGAAAAAGAAACAGGUAGCAAAGCUAGCAAAACGCAAAUUUCACCAGUGCCCAGAAGGAAAUCAGAGGUUUUGCAUCGAAAGCGAGAUGAUGGAGAUUGCAGGCAGUCCAAGGAAAAUACUGGUGACAUUACAAAAUUUAUUGAUCUAUCACUUGAGAAGCAGUACGAACAAGCAUUUAGGUCGAACUCGAGUCCUGUGAUGCAGAAUACUUUGAAUGAUUCCAAAAAAGGAAAAACAGAAACGUUGUUUCCAGACGGUUCAAAAGAAAUAAAAUAUAGCAAUGGUAAAAGCAAGACAAUAUCGCCAGAUGGAAAUCUUGUAAUAGUCCAAUAUUUCAAUGGAGAUAUAAAGGAGACAAAUUUAUUGGAGAAUACAUUGAGAUACUACUAUGCUGAAAAUUGUACGUGGCAUACACAGUUCAGUGAUGGUAAUGAACUUCUGGAAUAUCCAAAUGGUCAAAAAGAGAGGAAGUUUAAAGACGGCAAGAUUGAAAUCACGUGUUCAGAUGGCAAUAUAGUCACAAAACAUGCAGAUGGCACUGAAGAAGUCCUAUACUUUGAUAAAUCCAAAAUGAUCAAGCAUGUUAAUGGAGAAAAAACACUGCUCCUUCCGAAUGGACAGAAAGAAAUUCAUACAAAAGAACAUAAGAGACGUGAGUACCCAGAUGGCACAGUGAAGAUCGUCUACCCAGAUGGUACCCAAGAAACCCGUUAUGCUACAGGAAGGAUAAGAAUCAAAGAUUCUAAUGGUCUGUUGAUCCAUGACUCCCAUUCGUAACCAUUGUGAUACCGUCUUUCAAAAUUCCGUACUUAAUUUGUAGAUAUAUAUUUUGCACAUAUUUUUAUAACAGAACGUUUAUUGAAUUUUAUAAGAAAUUAAACAAUACUAUUGAGUU